ACCUACCACUGGCGGGGAAGAGAAGGGGAGAGGCCAGGUCCCUUCCCCGGCCUGCGGUGCUGCGCGGAUAAUCCCAGCUAAUCCGUUUGGCGCUAAAUUUAAAAGCGUUAACCCGAGGGCAGGCUGGUCCCGAAACGAAACUGAAUACGCUCAUAGGGCGCGUCCUUGCUGCGCCAGUCCCCGAGCGCGCCGCGCCAACUGGAACAAAUCCACCGCGCGCCAUCUUCGCCCUGCCUUCGCGGAUGCCGGGCGUGCGGCGCCGCGCGCGCGGCCCGGAGGAGGAGGGUAGCAUGGCCGCGGGCGCGGAGUGCGCGGAUGGGGACUGCCCCCGGCAGCACGUGUUCCUGAUUCCAGAAUAUUUAAAAGAUGCUUCAAAGAAAAUGAAGAAUGGCCUUAUGUUUAUAAAAUUGGUAAACCCAUGCUCAGGGGAAGGAGCCAUUUACUUGUUCAAUAUGUGUCUGAAGCAGCUGUUCGAAAUCAAAGUUUUCAAGGAAAAACACCAUUCCUGGUUUAUAAAUGAAUCAGUUCAGUCAGGCGGUCUCCUUCACUUUGCUACACCCAUGGACCCUCUGUUUCUGCUCCUCCAUUACCUCAUAAAAGCUGGCAAAGAGGGAAAGUAUCAGCCCCUAGAUCAAGUUGUGAUGGAUGAAGUGUUUCCAAAUUGCAUCUUGUUGCUGAAACUUCCUGAACUUGAGAAGUUACUUCGUCACGUGACAGAAGAAAAAGAAAUAGACAACAAGAAAUAUUACAAGUACAGCAAAGAGAAGACAUUAAAGUGGCUGGAAAAAAAGGUUAGUCAAACAGUGGCAGCGUUAAAAGCCAAUCAUGUCAAUGUCGGUGUCCGGGUACAGUCAGCUGCAUUUUUCUCCAGUGACCAGAUUUCCAGUGACAAGGAAGAGGAUUUUAUUCGUUAUGCCCAUGGUCUGAUAUCUGAUUACAUCCCUAAAGAAUUAAGUGACGAUUUAUCUAAAUACUUAAAGCUUCCAGAAACUUCAGCUCCAAUGCCAAACCCUCCAUCAAAGAGACUAAAGAUGUCAGAUGAGCCAGUAGAAGCAAAAGAAGACUACACUAAGUUUAACACUAAAGAUCUGAAGACUGAAAAGGUGGCAGCACAAAGACAGAAAAGAGGCAAGUGAGGGCUUCAUGCAAGACUUGUCCACUUCCUGCGAAACUACAGACACCCCUCAAAGGGCUUAAGACUUUUUCUUCUGCACUCUGUAGAAAACCACCAAGUGCCAAAGAUGUAUUUUAAAAAACCAACACGGAAUGCUUAUUUCUUUGAUCAGCAAUGGGCAACAGCAUUUAUCCCGAGCAGCAUUUAUUCCUCAGAGUAUGGAUCUGGAGCAUUCAAACCACCUCAAGCUCUGCCCCACCCCAUCCCCUUAGAAGUGUGGAUCUUUCUACUACCAUGGUUCAGAUUUUGAAAUAUCAAAAGGAGAAGACUCAUUGUGAAAUUUGGGUCAUUUCUUGAAUUUGAUCUGUUGACUUGUCCCACUCAGGUCAGGUUAUUAUGUGUAACUAAUACUGGAUUUGAGGGUAUUGGAGACCCCUUCUAGAGGUGGUUUCCAGGUUCUCUCCAUCUCGAACAAUCAAUUGACCAAAAUAGGCAAAAAUAGUGGCAAACCUUCACAUUUAUUUGAAAAAUUAAAAGAGAAGGGUAAGGGAGAAACGCUUUGCAGCAUGAGCUUGAGCCAAAUAAAAGUAAAAAAUUAAAACUAAAAUAAAAAUACACACUGGGGUCAUGGGGGGUUAUCAUGAGGAAAGCCACAGUAGUGCUCUUUCAAUGGCAUCCUCUCCUUUUAUUCAUUCCACACAUGUGGAACUCGAAAGAAGUCUGUAUACUAGAUCCUGGCAAUUAUUUGGUCCACUUACUCCCCAAGCCAGCUUUGCCACACCCUGUCCUUCUCUCAUCACUGUGCAUGUAGAACACUCAAAUACACAUUCAGAAGCUCUGGAGAACCAAGUUUCAACCUUCACUUUACUGAAAACCUGACCCUUCUUUACUCCUUACCAUUUUGGCAGCUUCUAACUUAUAACAAUACUUAAAUGUGCAUUUUAUGAU